CUCGACAUGAUACCUGAGGAAUCUGAGAAGGAAGGUCGUCCCGUUGUUGUACAAGCCGGCAUGUAUGCAGUGGAAAUGCUAUCCAAGCGCUAUGCAAUGCACGCAAUUAAUGUUGUCAUCGUUGAUGAUUUAGCAUGGAUAUGGUGGUAUGAUCGACAAGGUGCAACCCAGUCGAGCGGUGUCGAUUUCAUCAAGGACCUUCCCUGUUUCCUUGUUCUGAUUGCCACAUCCCGUCAUUUGGGUCUGCGUGAACGGGAUAUUGACGCCACACUGAGAAGGGAUGGGCAUCAGCACUAUUUGAAAAGGGCUAUGAGAGAGUAUCCAAGGAACGACAGAACAGUUCACGGGAUCCAUCCUCGUCGCAAACCCCACGCCUUCGACGUCGUAUUCAGAGAUCGCGAAGAUCAGACGAAUGUGAAGACAGCCGCCGUUACACGUCCUGACAAAAUCCUUCUAUCGCGAUAUUCCCUUUCCGGUCGGGAAACGAAGGACUUUGAGGCCAUGCAGAAGAAGGUGACCCAAGCAGACGCAGGCAUGAAGAGAUAUUGGCCGGAGGUCACUCUCACGAGCGAGGCCGUCGUUUUGGAGCGGGCAGUGGAACUGGGUCGGGGAGACCCGCUCAUAGAGGGACAUCUGCCCACGGUACUUGCCUCGUACGACCUGGACUAUUCGACCGGAACAAUUUACGAGGGCAUCCAGAAAGAAGGGCGAACUGUUGGGAAUGCUAUCGAUGGCUCACGUUGCAUGCGCCUACUGCUGAUGCGGAAACUGUUACCCAUCGACGGAUUGCACGCUAACGAGUUUCUACGUGUAUGGGUGUUAUGUUAUCGACGUCAUUUCGCGCUCUGGAUGAAGGGCUUUGAACACACGGACAUCAGUAUUGACAACCUGCUCUAUGACCCCGUCACUCGAAAAGGUGUUCUGAAUGUUUUCGAUUUGGCCAGGGUCCGCCUGGACAGUAAGAACCAGGUGACAGGGCGAGAACGGACUGGCACCAUACCCUUCAUGGCGAUGGAUCUCCUCUCAAGUGAGUAUUUCCACGGAGAGACUGUGCGCCUGUACCGCCACGAUUUCGAAUCAUUCCUUUGGAUGCUGCCCUAUAGGUUGCUGCGUGGAUUCGCCACGGAGCAGGAUAAAGGCUUGAGAGAAUGGAACACUGGGAAUUACGAAUCUUGUCGUUCCGCGAAGAGCGACUUCCUCAUGACACAAAUGGAAACAUGGCAAGUCUUGGACGCGAAUAAUGCACGGGUUUGGGAUGGCAUUGGGUUUUGGUUGACGAGAUGGUUGAAGAGGAAACUUGACGAGAUGUCAGACUUGCGUAUUCUCAAGAAGAGGACGCCGGGGAAGCUGUCAAGAAAUGACCUCGACAAGAUUUCUCGAUGGGAGGACCAGUCCGACCAGUCGGCCAUACAGGUUCUCAAAGAAGCUGAGAGUGUCAUUGCGACGCACUUAGCUAAAGCGGGUUCCUUCAUUCCCUUCCAACCACUCUCUGAUGAAGAGUUCCAACGGUAUCUCCCUUCUCCAUCAACCUCUGCUUCAUCCUCCUGAGUCCCACUACUUUCCUCUCGCCUUCAAUUAUGGCAACGUAUCUCAUAGCGAGUGCCGUACUCCUGGAUGGUCAUCUAAUGAUUGAUAAUGUCGUAAUCAAUGCUUUGUAUAUAAUGGUUGCAUCGUAGCGUUCAAUGCAGACCAC